GCGUUAGUCUGGACACUCAGUCAAAAACACAUCACAGCAACAGUAAGAGCAACAGCAAAGCUAAGGCAGUGAUAUUUAUUUUAAAAAUUUUUUAAAGUGUAUCAAGAAAAGCGUGAAUUUGAAAUUGGUGUGAAAAUUUGUGCAUAAAUAUAUUAAUAAACAAAAAUAUAAUAAAAUGUUCAAAUUCCUUUUGUGUAUUCUGAGUGCAGUGUUGGUUGCGGAGUGCAAACUAGUUCCACACAUAGCAGCACGUGCCGAUCUAUCUUUGAGUAAUUUCUUGCUCUCCCAGCAGGGUCGUGCCCUUUCUCCCUCAUCAUCGCAAUGUUUUUCCAGCUAUUUGGCACUACUGGCUGCAGCUGCCGAUAGAUGGUCACAAGAACAUGAGGCUUGUGUGAAAGCUGCAGAAGAUUCUAUGAUUGCUGUUAACGACUUGGCAUCCGCCCAUUCCAAAAAUGUAUCCACACAGGCUGGCAGUAUUGUUAGUUAUAUAGGUUACUGCGAUUCGGAGAGUGAUCCGUUGUUAUCUUUGGGAUGUUACAAGAAUUUGACCACAGACAAUUUGUACAAAAUUUAUGACAUCUCUAGUAACGCCGCGGAUGCACUCGUUUCACUGAAUGCGAAAAUAUACAUCAUCGAUUCGGAUUCUUACAGUUGCUCAAAUGCCAGCGAGCGUAAUUACUUCGAAACAUGUGCAGAAAUUUAUGAUGCAAUGAAUUAUUGCUUCCAAAAUGGACCACCACCAACGGUGCCGCCACCGACCACCAGCACUACCACUUUGGACCCUGUGCUUCCGUCGGAUGAAAUUCGGGAUAUACUACUGCCAGCAGAUGCUGCUGCGCCUCGUCGUACGCCCGCCUUAUUUGCUGUAAAGAGCCAAGAGAAGGAGAAUGAGAAUAAGCCGGUGCCAAGAAGUGGUAGUCAUAUUUCAAAGCUCACUGCUUGGCUGGAGCGGCAAGGAAAUCAGGACGCGGUUAAAGUGUAAAAUGUGUGAAGAAAAUACGAUUUUAUGCGAUAAUUGGUGCUAGGAAACGUUUUGGGAAAAUAAUAAAAUGAAUACUUAUUUAUAUUAGAGCUCACAAAAA